CGGGGCGCGCGCGGGGCGAGCCCGACGGCGCCCGGUCCGGGGAGCAGAACCUGCCGCGCCGCGGGCCGUGGACUCGGGGCUGCCGGAGACCCCGCGCCGCGGCCUCAGGCCCCACCAUGCAGCCGAGAAGCCCCCCACUCCGCCCCCUCCUGCUUCUCCUGCUGCUGCUCAGACUCCUGAGAGCCGAGAGAGAAGACCUCAGGGUCCAGGCGCUGGUGGGUGAGAGCGUGGCUCUGCCCUGCGUCUACCCGCAGAGAGCCAGCUUUGAGCUCGACGACCUCUACGUGUACUGGCAGAUCACAGAGGGGGACAAGCCGAAGACCGUGGCUUGGCACCUGGGCAGCAGCCCUGAGGACCGGGCUGGGUGUGAGUCCAAGGACGGGUGCGAGUGGUGGGCGAGGGCGGAGCUGGUGCCAGCCGACAUGCAGCACGGGAACUUCACAUUGCGCCUGGCGGACGUCAGCCCGCGGGACGAGCAGGUCUUCCAGUGCCUGGUGUUCAAGAAGUCGCUGGGUUUGAAGGAGAUCCUCCGGCAGCGGGUGACACUGCGCGUGGCCGCCAGCUACAGCAUCCCCGUGGUGACAUCCCAGGAGCCUGCCGCCGAAGGGGAGCUGGUCUUUACCUGCAUCUCAGGCAACGGGUACCCGCAGCCCAAAGUGUACUGGAUCAACCUGACGGACCACAGCCUGCUGGACAAGAACCUGCAGAACAGCACAGUGCGGCUCAACGCUGACGGCCUCUACGACGUGCUCAGCGUCCUGCGCCUCGGCCGCCCUGCCCAGGUGGACUGCUGCGUGGAGAACGCACUGCUGGGCCCGAAUGUGAGCUGCGAGCGGACAGGACUGCCCCUCAGCUCGCUAGGCUUCAUUACCACGCCCAGGCCGCCGGAGGGGACCAGCACGUCCACGCUGGUGCUGCUGGCUGUGGGCGUGGUCAUAGGCCUGGGCAUCGCUGCCACCACCAGCUGGAUGUGCAGGAACCGCUGCGCCCCGCGGCACUACACAGGUGUGUGGGAGGCGAGGCGGAUGCUGCAGCCUUCAGACCCUGACGGACGAGAGGCAGCCGCCCAGCACGUCUGAGACGCUCAGGCCUGGACCCGGGUGCCCCCGACUCCACGACUCCACGUAACCCAGGCUCUGUGGAUGCCCCCGGGGGCUGGAGGACACUGCUGUUUCCUCGGGCGGGACACGGCGAGGCCUGCGUGACUCUCAGGACAGCCCACUGGACUGAGGCGGAGGCUGGCACUGGCACCGAGGGACCAGCCUGCGCCCCGCUCCCACGGAUGCCCUGCUCCCAUCGGACUGAGCCCCCAGUGCUCCCCCGGACAUUCUCAGCAUUAGGGACCCGUGGUGCCCCGAAUGUGGCUUGGAACUGGCGGGGCUCCCUGGGGCCCGGGAAGUGGGCUCAGUCCCCAUCUCCUGCCCACCCCCCUGUGCUCAGCUGCUUCUGGGGGACCGUCCUGCAGGCUGCCCACGGCUUGCACCUCCAGCGACCAGGACAGUGACAGGAGCUCAUAGUCAGACUCCAGCCCCCAAUACAAGCUGUGAGACCGCCUGAGACCGUGUGCCCCCUCAGAGUCCCCGUGUGCCCCGAAGGUCUGUCCCCACGCCCCUGACUCUGCCCCAGCUGCCUGUGGCCUGGCCUGGCCUGGGGAGCAUCCUGCUGCCGCCUCCCCGCACCCAGCCCGGCCCCCGGGCCCUCGGGGGUCCUGUCAUGGGGCCAGGAGGAGAAGGCAGCUGCGCCCGCCUGCAGCUCUGGGCCUCCCUUGGCCCAGCGUGCUGCCCCGUGGAGGAGGCCGGGGCUGCUGGGCGACCCAGCUGUGGCAGGCUGCAGGGACGGAAAGUUCUGGGUCCCCUCCGAGCUCUCAGCAGCCAAGGUUCAUCCUCUGUCCCUCCUGCCCCUUCCGACAGGGCCCAGCCCCAGGAAGUGCUGGAGACCCCCUGCCCAGGCCCCAGGGGAUGAAGGGGUCCCCCCACCCCAGGCCAGCAGGAGUCAGAGUCCCCACACCCCCGCCACGGUCACAAGCCCCCAGGCGGGGCCGUGGGCAGGGCAGGGCCCCGCAGAGGACAUGGGGCCGAGCUCUGGGGAGGGGCGCCUCCUGCAUGGGUGCUGCUGUGGGGGUCCAGGCCCCUAGGGAAGUAACAGCCACCUGGGCAUCUCCCCGGAGGGGGGACGGGAGUGUUGGGGACGGUUCCACAGGGCAGCCGGGCACUGGGCCAUGCAGGACUUUCCAGGACGACCCCCAUGGGCACAGGGAGAGGCCUGGGCCAGGCCAGCCCCGCGGUCCUUUCCGACGCCUCAGCUGCUGUUUCUGUGAGCGGCCCUGAAGGUUGCGGGCGCCCCAACAAAGGUCAGCCUGCGGCCGGGAACCACCCUGGACAGGAUCAGCCUCGACCCAGUGCACCCCAGCUUCCUGUCUGCUUCUCGGGGGCCCCAAGGAGGAAGUGACACUUGGGUGGCCUGAGGUGGUGAACGGAAGGGCCCCCCCAGGAGGGGGGACAGGGUGAGUCCUGGUGGCCGCACAGCUGCCCGGAGGCGCCACUGGCCUGGGCUUGGCAGUGACUUGUCGGGGGACCGGCGGGAGGGACCCGAGGGGAGGCCGGCCAGGGGGAGGCUCCCAGAGGCCGCCCCUCCCCAGGCCCCACCAGCCCAGACAUAGGCCCUGUCCCCCGCGGCUAGGCCGCAGACCGUCACUCAGGGCUUGCAGGGCGGCUCGGGCCCCAGCUGGUGGUGCUCCCCAGCCGUCCCGACCAUUCCUGCCACACUGCCAGGUGCCCAGGGACCCCAAGUGCUCAGGGCGCCCCAGGGCCACGUGAGGCAACAGAGCCCCGGCCCAGCUCUGCCGUGUGCGAGGCCCGAGC